UUAAAAUAUACUAAAUAAAUCGUGGGUUAAGAAUAACAAAAUAAUAAAAGAAUGCCAUUACCGCCGGCACUGUUGAAACGUUUAGCAAAACGUGGCUUAGUGGAUAAGAGUGUAAAACGAAUACCAAGCGAAAAAGCCGUACAAAAUGCACCAGCUGAGGAAAUUAUCGCCGAAGACUAUGAUGAUGUUGAUGAAGCUCAACCAUUCGAGUACGACUACGAUUUUCAAUCGCAUUCCAAGAAGUCACAACACAACUUUUGGAGCGAGCGAUUGAAGAAGCGAAUAGUUGACGGCAGUAUUAACGGCUAUAAAGGCUGUCCAAACAAAUACAAUAUUCACCAUAGAUGCUCGCUAUUCUGUGUAAAUACAUUUGGUGAUGGUAUCAAAGAACCGCCAAAGAGCUAUGCAAAACGAAAGGCUCGAUUGCUGCGAAGGUAUCCAUUACCCAAAGAUUGGAAGGAAAUCUAUGACGAAGGAGUGGGAAUUCAUUACUAUUGGAAUCCAGUUGAUGACACUGUAUCAUGGUUGCCGCCAUCUCACCCGAGAUCAGUCCAAACAAAAAGUGCAGCAGUGUUGCGUAGAGAAUUAGAGGCUUCUCUGCCCGACCAAGACGAAAAUGAAGAGAGCAAUGUUCAACAAACAAUGGAUGGAGUUGAAGCGGGCUAUACGAGUGAUAGUAAUCAAUCAAAUGCUGUACGUGAACAACCAAAGCCGACACCGAUAAAGAAGCCGAAAGCACGCGAUCUGGAUAAAGUGUUGCGAUCGAAAAGUGAAAGACGUAUGAAAAAAGAUGCAGCUGAAACAGCACUGGAUCCAAUGGACCCAGCUGCAUACUCCAACAUACCCAGAGGAAAAUGGUCGGCUGGACUUGAGUGUGAAAAUACAAAGACUGGUGCAGAUUCUACAGUUAGCGGUGCAUUAUUUCAGAUGCGACCGUAUCCAAACCCUGGAGCAGUUCUAAGAGCAAACGCACAAAAAGGCCAGGAUGACAGUGACGAAAGCGAGCACCAGGACGAUUAGAACACAUAAAUCAAGCAAAUUAAAUACAAAAAUAAUCCGAAUCUGAAGAUUGAUGAAGUAAUUUAAAAGAAAAAUAAAAAGCUGAACAUGUUUCGAAUAAAACCAAUAAAGUAAAAUCGUUUUUCUUA